CGUCGACACAAUGUAGACGGACUUUAGCCACUCAGCAUGCGCCAUUGAAAACAAACUAGCAGAUACGGCGGGGCCGCUUGAUUUUUAAGCUAACUAGUUAGAAGCCUUGCAUUGUCUUUUUUUUAAAACAUACGGCACAUUUAUAAACCAUGGAGACGAUUUUAGAGCAGCAACGUCGCUAUCACGAAGAGAAAGAGAGGUUAAUGGACGCCAAAACAAAAGAAAUGUUGCACAAGAAGUCCACGCUUCGGGAACAGAUCAACUCUGACCAUCGAACAAGAGCGAUGUUGGAUAGGUAUAUGGAAGUGAGCGCAAAUCUCAGAGACUCCUAUGAAGACAAAGAUGGCAUGAGAAAGGAUGAACUUGCUGCCAUCUCUGGACCGAAUGAGUUUGCAGAGUUCUACAACAGACUGAAACAAAUAAAGGAGUUUCACAGAAAGCACCCAAAUGAGAUUUCCAUUCCGAUGUCUGCGGAGUUUGAGGAGCUCAUGAAGGCCAGAGACAACCCCAGCGAGGAGGCUCAAAACCUGGUUGAGUUUACUGAUGAGGAAGGAUACGGCCGAUACCUCGACCUCCACGACUGCUACCUGAAGUACAUCAACCUGAAGGGAGCUGAGAAACUCGAGUAUAUCACGUAUCUGUCUUCAUUCGACCAGCUGUUUGACAUCCCCAAGGACAGGAAGAAUGCUGAAUACAAAAAGUAUUUGGAGAUGCUGCUGGAGUACCUGCAGGACUACACAGACCGGGUCAAACCUCUGCUGGAUCAGAACGAGCUCUAUGGAAAAGUGUUGUCAGACUUUGAGAAAAAAUGGGAGAUGGGAACAUUUCCAGGCUGGCCUAAAGAGACUAGUAGUGCUUUGACACAUGCUGGAGCUCAUCUGGACCUGUCUGCUUUCUCCUCCUGGGAGGAGUUGGCUUCGUUGGGUCUGGACAGACUCAAGUCAGCCCUUAUGGCACUGGGACUGAAAUGUGGAGGGACUCUGGAGGAGAGAGCUCAGAGACUCUUUGGCACAAAAGGCAAAUCCCUGGAAUCACUGGACCCAUCACUGUUUGCCAAGAAUCCCAAAGCCAAAGGCCCUAAAAAAGACACAGAGCGUAACAAGGAAAUUGCCUUCCUGGAGGCUCAGGUCUAUGAAUAUGUGGAGAUCCUUGGGGAGCAGAGGCAGCUGACCCACGAGAACGUCCAGAGGAAACAAGCCCGGACCGGAGAGGAGCGCGAGGAAGAGGAGGAGGAGCAGCUCAGUGAGAGCGAGAGCGAAGACGAAGACAACGAGAUCAUCUACAACCCCAAGAACCUGCCACUGGGCUGGGACGGCAAGCCGAUCCCAUACUGGCUCUACAAACUCCACGGGCUGAACAUCAACUACAACUGUGAGAUAUGUGGGAACUACAACUACCGGGGACCCAAAGCCUUCCAGAGGCACUUUGCAGAAUGGAGGCAUGCUCACGGUAUGCGCUGCCUUGGGAUCCCCAACACCGCCCACUUUGCCAACGUCACCCAGAUCGAAGACGCUGUUUCUUUGUGGGCAAAGCUGAAGUCCCAGAAGGCGUCAGAGCGGUGGCAGCCAGACACGGAGGAAGAGUACGAGGACUCGAGUGGAAACGUGGUCAACAAAAAGACCUACGAGGAUCUGAAGAGACAAGGCUUGCUGUAGAAUGAGGAGAACAUGACUCUGAAGAAAUGAAAAAGAAAAGUAACGAGCAUCCUUUAAGAUUAGUUAUAUUUUUUAUGGCCCACGUCUCUUUUUAUUUGUAUGUAGUAACGUUCUUUUACAAGCUGCGACCCACCCUCCAUUCCUCCCUUUGAUGACUUUGUAAUGUGGCAACUGUUGAUCAUUAAAAUAAACUGAGUACUUUUGUCA